CACUGUGACUGUCUGCAAAAUAUUUUAAACAAAAAGUGCUUUUUAAUCAAGUAAUUCGACGGUAACUAACGCAUAUUUAAGGACCCAAUUCGGCUAACUAACGUUUGGCCAACACAAAGAGUCUACAUACCGCAUGCCAGCCCUCAUUUUGCAGUGCCUUCUCGUUCUGUCGUUCUGUCUGCUCCCACUAUCUCCCUCUCACACACACUCUCCUACCAUCUCUGUCGCUCUGCUUUCGGCUUCGUUUGCGAGAGACGACCUUUUUCGUGCAUUUCCACACAUAUAAAUAUAUUCCAAUCUUCUUUUUGUGCAAAAAAAAAAUGUGCGUGCUGCUGCGACUGGCAACCGUUUCGGUGAAUCUUUGUGCGAUAUUUGUGUAGAUAAUUAAAGUGCAUUCGGCUUGCGUUGCGUGUGCCUCUGUGUGCGUGUGUGUGUGUUUGUGCAACAUGCGGCAGCUCGAGGAUGAUGCCGCCGCUGCCGCCCUAAGACAACCAACAACAAGGUACAACGAACAAGAAAGGACGCAUGCAGCUGUACGCCCACGCCCACGCCCAAGUCCAUAUUCAUGUCCAAAAAAAGAGUGCAAGUACCGUUUUAUAGUACGCGUAGUCAUGCCAACAACAACAACAACAACAACAACAACAACAACAACUACAACUAACACAACAAAAGAGCAUAGCGAUACGUCAAUGGCGUCCAAAGCGACAAAGACAGAAGAAUCUACCGCUACAAUAACAACAACAACAACAGCAACAACAAUACCAACCAGAGGUGGAGCAGCAGCUGGAGCCCUGCCAGAAGAAUCUACCGUAGCUGUAGUAGCAGCAGAACAAGACCCCAAGUUGCCGCUGCCAGCUCGAACGCCAACGCCAACGCUGCUGCCUCUGCUGGCCUCGGCCGCUGCCUGCAACAAACAGCUGCUGUUCUGCCGCCGCUUUAAGGACAAGCCGGAGGCUAACAGUGUGGGAUUUUUACGUAACUUCAAUUCCCUGCCCCUCUUCGUCUACGCGACGUCUCCAUCGACGCACGCCAGCUCGGCGGAUGGUGUGGGUGUGGCCCGGGAGGCGGCUGCCUUCAUUCAAAAGAAUGACGUCUUCGAAGUACCCGCAACGCAUGGCAUCGACACCACCAGCCACCACCUCAGUCAGAGCAACGGCGAGGGGCACAGCCACGUAAACGGGAAGCUAGCGGGACACUUGGGCACCACUGAGCUGGCCAGCGGGGCCAUGGAGUGCCUGCCGAUGAGCAGUGCCGGCCAUCAUCCGCAUCUGAUGUCGUCGAGCGGUGUGCCGGUGGGCGUUGGGGCAGUGGCUGCCUCGCCCACGGCCACAGUGGUGGUGGGGGCCACGUAUCCGCAUCAUCUGCACCACCAUCAUCACCUGAGCCACCACACGCCGCACUACAGCAACAGCUACGGGAGCCAUCACAUCCACGGGGAGCAGACAAAGUCGCUGCAGGAGCUGCAGCACGAGGUCGGUGCCCUGCUGGAGUUCCGGGAUCUGGUGAUCGAAACGUUUCCCGAUCUCAAGCAUAAAAUGGCCUCCAUGUCGGCCAGGCCCUCGACGCCCACCUCCUCAGUGGGCGCCCUGGGCGGCAGUCAUUCCGUGGGCGGUGGCAGCUCUUCGUUAGCCACAAGACGCGAAUGGGAGCCGGGCAUACGCAUGACGCGAAAACUCUCGCACAAGGAACCGUCCACAUCGUCGUCAGCGGCUGUUGCACCGUCCAGAGCGGAGCCAUCGUCCUCGUCGCUGACGCGCAGCCGCAGCAAUUCGCACAGCGGCAAGAAAGAGCCAAAGAGCGGAGAGAACAACAACGGUAGCGUUGUGCAGGACUCCGGCUUCUCAACGGAGACCAGUUCCUCCAAGGAGGGUCACAGCGCCUCCUCCACCAAUGGUGCUAUGACGGUGGCCAUAGCAGCGAAUCGGCUGAGUGGUUCGGAGUCCGACGACGAGCUGUUCAAUCUGCUGGAUGUCAUACACCGCAGAUCGAAUCGUGUGCUCGAAAAGGUGGAGCAGCUGCAGAGCAAGGGCUGCGGCGAGGAGGCGGGCGCCAACGGACUGACGCAGAAGCAGUUCCUCGAGCAGGUGGAGCGACUGAAUCGCGAGGACUUCAAGCAGCUGCGCAAGGAGCGCGAUCAGCUGCUCGAUAAGCUGGCCGAAAUGGAGGCGGAGACGCUAACGGCCCGCAUCAAGGCGGCCAAGAUGAGCGAUCGCAUGGAGGAGAUGAUCAGCGUGAAGAAGGAUAUCGAGGAGCAGCUGAAACUGGCCCUCGCCCAGAAGCUGGAGCUGAGUCUGCGCGUGCAGCAGUUGCAGAUGCAACAAAGCAAAAGCUCUUCCAGCACCAGCCAGUCGGAUUACUCCAGUCAACGCAACUUUCUAUCCUCAGCGACGACGGUGCUCUCGAAUGGCAGUCGCCCGAGCAACAGCAGCAGCAGCAACAACUUUAUCAACAGCAACAACACAUUCCAGCCGGUCGUCGUCGUCGAUCAGCCAGCAGCAGCGCAGGAGGCAGCAUUCCAUCAAAGUUCAGGCAGUGAUACAACAGCUAUAGCAACAGCAACAGCAACAGCAAGGAGGCAGCAACAGCCAGCACUAUUGGGUCGCCUGGAUGGCAUUGUAAGCACGCCGGGUGCGCGUAACACCAAAUGCCGGCUGACAGACACCAAACGCAUCUCGGCCAUUCUGCUGGAGACGAACGUGCUGGAGCUGCAGCGCCACCUGCUCACACUGUCCGUGCAGAAUCAGGUGCUGGCCCAGAAGCUGGACACGUCCAGCAAGUCCAAGACGCUGCUGGCCAAGCGGCUGGACAAGAGCAGCGAGGAGUUCGAGCACUUGCGCUUUCAGCUGGAGGAGAAGAGCAUCGAGCUGGAGGGCACCAAGGCACAGCUGCGGCUCGUGGAGUCGCGUCUGCAGGCGAACAACAGCACCACCAAUUCUUAUCUGAACUCGUCGCAGCAUGACUACGAGACGAAUCGCUCGUCCGCCUCUACCACGCUGAUGCUGAGUCGCCGUGGCGUGCCCGAUUCGGUGGACUCCACCUCCACCUGCACGGCCAUGCCCGCACCGCCAGUAACACAGAUCAGCACGCCCAGCAUGAAGGCCAUGGUGCCGCUGGCCAUGGACGAGCUGCAGCACAGCAGCAGCACUGAGUCGGCACACGAGCAUGAGACGACACCAGGCCAGGGCCAGGGACAGGGGCAGGCACUGCACUGCACGCCCAACAACAACAACAACUCGACGCUAAGAAAGAGCAUCAUCAAUGCGGGCAGCCCCUGUCCGCUGGGCAGCAGCACGCCCAGCAGCAUUGCGGCCCGCGUGAUGAGCACCAGCGUCGGUGGGGUCAGUCCCUUCGAGCAGACGCCGCCGGCGCGACAGAACACCUUCCGUAAGUUCGGAAGUGCCAGCAAGCCCAGCAAGAUACCGCUGCCGGGUAGCAAGGCGGCGGCCUAUUUUGCCGGCAAACCGCCCACGGGCAGACCCUCGACCGGGGGACGAUCGCCGCCGUCGGCGCAGAACUCCAGCAGCACCUCGUACGGCAGCAAGUCCUCGCUGAGUCGCAGCACAGGCAACCUGCAGCACAGCUUGCGGCGAGCCGACUCGGCCUCCAAUCACUCGCUGAGCACCAACACCAGCCGGAGCUCCACAUCGUCGUCGAUACCGCUGGCCACCACACCCUACUCCUCCGGCUCGACGGGCAAUCGCAGCCAGUCGCAGAUGGCUGCCACGGCCACAACUCCGUCCCCGCGUGUGCUGCAGAAUUCGCCGCUGCCCAAGCUGAAGCGCGACACGAUCAGCUCUCGGGUGCGUCAUUUGGACUCGCUGUCGCGUGCCCAGCAGUCGCCGGAGAUGACCAAGGGCAGCAACGGCUCCUCCUCCGCCUCCUCCAUUGCAGCCCAGCUGAGCACGACGCUGCGCAAGGAUCUCCAGCUGCAGAUGGGCAACUCGGCGGGGGCUCCCUACCACCAUAGACGUGGUGGCAGCAGCGAGCGUGCACCGUUGGGUGUGUCGAGGCGGUACAGCAGCGCCUCUGUGGGUGCCGCUGGCAGGUUGGGGCGGGAGCAGAACGAAGCUCUGGCUCUGGCCAACAGCACGCCCACGUCCAGCUAUGGGGGCGGCGGUGGCGUCGACAGUGAUAGUGGCAAGAAUUUGGCCAAGCCUGUUGACAAGCCAAAUUUCCGUUUCAAUAACCACAAUUGGCAACGGCAGCUAUGGCAAACGAGCAACCAGAACCAGAACCAGACCCACACCAAUACCAAUACUAGCGGCAUGAAGUUGGUUCUGGAUUAUCAGCAGAUGCCACACGAUAUUCACGAUGUGUCCGAGGAGACGGCCUACGAUUCGUAUUACACGCAAUACACCACGCCCGACUCCAUGGACUGUGGCAGUGCCAACCUGCUGGUCACCUUCGACUAUGGCUACAGUGAUUCAAUUGAGGCCAGAGCUGUGGAGGCCAUGAGCAUGGGCAGCGUGGCUGGAGCUAAGGAGGAACGGGGCGAAGGUGCCAUCUGGUUUGGUCCGCCACCAAACGAUGCAAAUCCCUUCGAGGUACAUCAUGUGCAGCACAAGCUGCUCGCUGAUGACAGCCUGCAGUCGCUGAUUUCCUACGAUGUAGAUGAUUUUGAGGAGGAGCAAUCGGAGCCAGAAACAGAAACAGAGCCAGAGCCAGAUGACGAGAUCUUCUAUGAUAGCAUUGAGUGCAGUUGAGCGAUUGGCAGGCUGUAUAACCCUUUAUAAGUAGAGUACAUGGACAUGGGCAGGUGUUGGAACUAUCAAAUCUAAACUAGUCUAUGUUCGCAAUAAUUUUGUUUUACCCCCCAAAACCCACGUGUACGGACAACUUUCUUAUAGAACUAUAUUUUAUGUAUGUAUGUAUUUAUCAGACAGAGAAGCAAGAUAAUAAUCUAGUAUGAGCAUAGAUGUGUAUCCCAUGUGUAUGUAGUUGUAAUAUUAUGUUAUGUAACGUACUGUAUGUAUUCCGGCUUAACGAUCCGCGGGCCCCCAGCUGUAAUUGAAAGUGAAUUGUGACUGAAUUGUAUGGAUGGAUCGUAGUGUUGUAGUGUUUGAUUUACCCUCCCUCCCCCCCAUUCAGGGCUUUAGUCUAUACGCAUGAUGGUUUCUUCGACUAUUUAUUAUUACGCAACUGAAGUAUGGUAUAUGUUAUAGCCCAUUUAAAUGUACUAUCUACAACUAAAUGUAUAUGUAUUAUUUAUAGUGUAUAUCAAGUUGAGAGUGUCUGUGUGUGUGUGCAUCGUUUUUUGUGUAAGAGUCUUAAGUUAAUUACCUAGCACCUACUGCUUAUUUACUCAAACUAAUUAUAAAAUGACUUGUACUAGGCUCGUACCGGCUAAGUAGUUUAGUUGUUAAUCAAAUUUAGUUAACGCAUUGCAUCUAAUGUAUGUAUGUAUGUACAGUUUGAUAUACCUUUACCCUAUACCCAACCUACCAAUGUAUGAAUUCUACUUAAGUCAGAUGCAAUUUGUAAUAGGAUCCACGAGCAUCUGUAUCUACAUAUGUAUCUAUCAUGUUAUCACGAAACUGCGUUUACUACAUUUAUAAAAAGCCAAGACCAGACACACAGAAAGUGAGAAAGAGAGAGGGGAAACCAACAACCAACAAUUGCAUACAUUUAUGUACAUGUAAUAUGUAUGGUUUUGAUUCAUAUUAAAGCUAAUAAUAAUAAUAUUAAUACAAAUAUAUUCAAAAGGCAGCAAAUGUAGACAUGCAUACAUAUAUCCAUUUAAACAGCAAUUGUAAUUGAUGAACACGUAAACAAAUACAAACAAACAAAAAAGAACUAAAAUAA